AUGGGUUUGAGCAUCAGCAAAUUAUUUCAAAGUCUCUUUGGCAAAAGAGAGAUGCGUAUCCUUAUGGUCGGUCUUGAUGCUGCCGGUAAAACAACCAUUUUAUAUAAACUCAAGCUCGGUGAAAUCGUAACCACUAUCCCUACGAUUGGCUUCAAUGUAGAAACUGUUGAAUAUCGCAAUAUUUCUUUCACAGUUUGGGAUGUUGGUGGUCAAGACAAGAUUCGGCCUUUAUGGAGACACUACUUCCAAAACACCCAAGGUAUUAUUUUUGUUGUUGACUCCAACGAUCGUGAACGUAUUUCUGAGGCUCAUGAAGAACUGCAACGUAUGCUUAAUGAAGACGAACUUCGCGAUGCCCUUUUGUUGGUCUUUGCCAAUAAGCAAGACUUGCCAAAUGCUAUGAAUGCUGCUGAAAUCACUGACAAGCUUGGUCUUCACUCUCUUCGCCAUCGCCAAUGGUAUAUCCAAGCCACUUGUGCUACUAGUGGUGAUGGUCUUUACGAAGGUCUUGAGUGGCUGUCUACCAACCUCAAGAACCAGUAA